ACAAUUUACGUAAAAUAACGUUUACGUUAAUAACAAUUAUUAACAAUGAAAUAAAUAAAUAUCGAUAGAUGAAAGUUAUCAUGUUAUUGAUAUAUAAGUACGCAAUUCGAUUAUAUGCAAGUAGUAAUAUGUCAAUACUACUAUGUACUUAUAUACAAAAUAUAAGAAGAAUCUUAAUAAUAUAACGUACAGAAAUACAUAUUCAGUCGUAUGAUAAGAGAAAACAAGAGAGAAUCCUCAUUAUAAUAAGUUAAUGGUUAUACAUGCAUAAUUAUUUGGUAACUCUCUUCAAUUAUCUUAUUAUAAAUAUAUCUUAAAAGAUAUACAUCAAAAGAAUAUAAGUUGCAAAAGCAAAUAAAACGAAUAGUUAAAUUUGCAGUUAAUCUUAUUCAAGUAUUCGUUUAGUUUGAACAGGUUAUAUUCAUAUAUGUUUGUUGUGCAUUAUCUAUGGAUAUUUACUUGUACUAAUGGCAUCAGUUACGUCAGUUUGACGUGACGUCAUUUUUACGUCUAAAUUUAUUUGUCAUCCUUUUGUUUUUAGAUAUAUGCAUACUUAAUUGUAAAAAUUUAUAUUUUAUUAAUUUCUGCAAGAAAAGAAAUUUAAAUCAAGAAAUCAAGUGUGUUGACAUAAUGAAUCACGGAGAUAUUGUCGAUUUUAUAUCGCUUGAUUCAGAUAUUCAAGAGUUAAUAAAACAAAGUGCAAUUGUACGAGAAUACUCAUAUGCACCUUAUAGCAAGUUUAAAGUGGGUUCUGCAAUACUUUGCACUGAUGGAACAAUUUUUAAAGGCUGUAAUGUGGAAAAUUUAUCGUAUCCUGUUGGAAUAUGUGCAGAAAGAACAGCUAUUGCAAAAGCAAUAUCAGAAGGGAAAAGAAAGUUUAAAAUAUUAGCAGUAGUAGCAGAUCAAGAAAAUGGUGGAUUUACCACACCUUGUGGCUUGUGUCGACAAACUAUUGUUGAGUUUGGUAAUAUAACUAUUUAUUGUGCAAGAUCUGAUAUGAAAGAUGUAUUGCGGACUACAAUAAAUGAUUUACUUCCCUUUGCCUUUAGUCCAGAUGUGAAAAAUUAAAUAUUUUGUUAUCUUAUAACAUAAUUCUGUGACAAUUAAGAUAAAAAUAAGAACAUAAAAAUGAGGUCCUAUAAUAACUAAUAAAAUUAUAUACAUAGAUAUUACUUAAAAUGCUUAUUUAUACAUUAACUUGAAUAGCCUGAAUAUAUUUUCACAUACAAAACUAAUGCAGUGCAAAUUUUUCUUAUAGAAAUAGUUGAUGUUUACUUAUACACAAACAGUUUAUACUGCAUUUACUGUAAUAUUUUUCUUUUUUAAAUAGUUUUGUUUAUACUUAUAGAAAAAAAAUUAAUGAUAUAAUUAACUCUCAAAGAAAUAUUUAUAAUUUGAUCUAGUUUUGAUUACACAUUAAAUUAAAGUAAAUAUUACAUCUAUUUUGUUAUCAUUUGCAUUGCACGUGCAGAAAAAGCACUGGGGCUACAAUAGUCACUUCAGAUUUUAUUAUUGUAAUAUAUAAUUUACCAAAAUGGACACCUGAAAACAAAAUAAUAUAUAUAUUUUUCAAUUUUAUAUUGCCUAUACAAAAUAAUGUUUAUUAUAUGAAGUUAUUUAAUAUUAAUUGUGGGUGAUGUAACUAUUUUAUAAGCUUAUAAACUAUACUACAAUUUAUAUUAUAUUAUAUAUAUAAAAUACACAUACACAUGUGUGUGUGUGUGUGUGUGUGUGGGUGUGCGCGCGCGCAUUAUGUAAGAUAAAAAAUUAUUUUUACUUUUUACAUAUUUAAGUGAUAUUUAAUAAAAAGAAUACUUACCAUCCAAUGUAACACUGGCAAAGAUUUUCAUUAUUGGUAGCCUGCUGAAUCAGUAAAUCCACUUGAUCUUGAACAGUCAGUGAUUCUUCAUGUGAAAAAUCACGUCCUGUCAAUUUGUCUCUCACUCUUGUUAUAAUAGCUAAAGCCUUUUUGUUUAAUGCUUCUGGUUGAUUAUUAUCACCUAUAAAAAAUAUAUUUAUAUAUUGGUAAUCAAUAAAUUAAUUAAGUAUUCAUGAAAAAUUCAAAUAAAAAACUUUACAUGCUAAUAAUUAUAUUAAGCUGAAAGCUUAAUCAAAUUAAUUUUGUAAUUACAGCAAAAAUUAUAAUUACCUCCGUUUUCAACACUACAUGGUACACCCUUCUUUGGUAAAGUAGCUGUAAGAGAAUCUAGAACGUCUCCAUGUUCCUGGCUACUACUAGAACUCAUUCCUUGUGCAUCAGAUCUCUUGCCCUUUAAUGCUGUAUUAUCCAUUAAUCUCCAAUUUAGAAGGGGAUCAUAAACAAAAGCUUCUAAUACAGCCAUUAAACUAUCUUUGUUACGAUGUAGUACAGACAUUACUGAUUCACAAGUUCUUCUGUAUGUGCCUUCAAUGCCCGUGACCUCCAUAGCAUUUAUUAACAUUCGUGUCAAGCGAAAUGGUAUCUUUUCAGGGAAUUUUUCACGAGUCAUUGCAACUUCAAAACAAUCUCCAAAAUCAAUAUGAAGAAUCUUGCCACUUAAGCGAUCCAACAUUAAAUUAGAUGGAUGUCGAUCUCCAAGACCAAGUAUGUAACCAACCAUAGACAUAACAGCAAGAGAACGCGUAUAAUUUGUUCUACGAUCGAACCACACUUCGCUUGAUGGUGACUUCAACCAUAAAAGACGUGAUAAGUCAUCACCAUGAGUAUGUUCUAGAGCAUGUUCAAAAACUUCAACCUUUUGCAUAAGCAUAAGAUGUUCAUAGUCUGGUGCCAUCUAUAAAAAACAUAUAUUUUUGUAAAUACAAACUAUAAGAUAUAAAUAUGUAUUACAUUUAAUUGAUACUGUAAUUUUACAUACUCUUAGCAUUAUCCUAUGUUCUAUAUUUAGUAAUAUUUUCUUUUUUUCUCUGUAAUCCCUUAUCAAAGUAUGCAAUGUAUCACAGUGUGGUACCCAACCAAUAAGACCACUAUUUGUUGAUAAUGGAAUUACUGCAUACCUCUAACAAAGUAUGUCAAAACAGAUAAAUAGUAUACAUAAUUUAAUAUAUUUAGUAUACAUUUUGUUUAAUAGUAUACCUGAAUAGUAAGAUUUCUUCUAAAAGUAUCUGGAUCAUGUAAUAAAAGUGUAUUUACUAAACCAAA